UGUACUCCAUUUCCCAGCCGCCCCCGCGCCGCGGAGGAGGCGAGCUCGCUGAUGAGCUGCCGCAGCGGGAGGGGGCCUAGGACCGAGAAGCCGCUAUAGUACCGGCCGGGAGACGCUGACAGCUGGCAUCCCUAGGGGCUCAGGGACCUUGGGUGGACAGCGACGAGGGGCCUUGUGGCCGCCGUGUGUCUCUGAUUUCGCCUUCCGUCCUCCCGACAGGCGUGCAGAGUCCGCCAUGGAAGCGCAUCCGGCCGCCGCCUGGGUCUCCGGCAGCCGCGGCCUCGGCUUCCCGGGGCGAUGAAGGACUAGGGCGCCCGCCGUCCCGCCUGCCUCCGGCGCUCUGGCUAGCCAGGCGGGAAGGGGAUCGGGCAGGCUGGCGGGCGGUCCCGCGGUGCCCGCCUUUGCGCCGUCCCGCCCCCUGGGGGCGCUGCCGAGGGGGCGCCAGCCGCCCAUGCCGCCCCGGCGCCCAGCCGCGCCCGGCGCCCGCCACUGAAGCUCAGGACUCGCCGCCGCCCGCGCCCACCGCCGUCCGCGCCCACCGACUCGAGCCGACCGUCCUCCUGCCCCCAAAAUGUGGCACAGCGUCGGGCUGACCCUGCUCGUGUUCGUGGCCACGCUGCUGAUCGUCCUGCUGCUGAUGGUGUGCGGUUGGUAUUUUGUAUGGCAUCUUUUUUUAUCAAAAUUCAAGUUUCUCCGGGAACUGGUGGGAGACACAGGAUCCCAAGAGGGAGAUCAUGAACCUUCAGGGUCUGAAACUGAAGAAGACACUUCCUCCUCUCCACACAGAAUCAGACCUGCUCGCCAAAGGAGGCCACCUGCUGACGAAGGCCGCUGACCCCAGCCAUAGUCCCGUACUCCUGAAGGAUGAAAGGCAGCUGCCAGCUUCUGUCUCUUAGUGACUUGGCUUUGAAAUUUACUAAUGACUGAAGAACAAUUUGUAUUGGAUUUUAAGUAUGCCAUAUAAAAUGUAAGCCAUAUAAAAAUAAAGGGAAUUAAAACCAAAUUGGACUAUUAUAAAUUUCAUCUUAAGGUAAUCUUUUGCUUCACUAGCUGUCUACUUAGACACUUAUUCCUUGGCUUUUGGGCUUAUUUUCUCACACUGUUGCAGAUCUGGUAAACAUUAAAGGCUUGAAAAACCGUAUUUUAUUAGCCCUAAAAUGUUCAUUUUUCUCCCCAGUUUAACUUGUCAGAAAUUGGGAUACAUCUUAUUACUAUCAACCAGGUGAUAGUCAUGUAAUUCUCCUACCUUGUGCAUGUGUGAAUUUACAGCUUUUCAGUGUGUCUUCCCUUUAACCAACAUGUGUAUUGUUGGUAUCAAAUGUGUCAGAUUUAAUUGACAUUUUAAAAUGUCUUCAAAACGAUUACACUAUGAUUCAGCAUUGAAAUGAAAAGAUAUUGUGUAUGCAGAAAAGCAUGGAUACAGAGCAGCAGGGCACACAAUUGAUGUCAGUGAAGCAAAUAUUCGUCACUGGAGAAAUGAUCGAAAUUCCAUAUUUUCCUGCAAAGCAACAACAAAAUGUUUUACAGGAACUAAGAAAGGUAGAUACCCACAAGUAAAUGAAGCUGUACUACAUUUUAUCAGGGAGACACAAGCAAAAGGAUUGCCUGUCACACGCCAAGCAAUGCAAUUGAAGGCAGGAGAAAUUGCCAAAACCCUGGGAAUUGAUGAAACAAAAUUCAGAGCCACAAGAGGCUGGUGUGACCGAUUCAUGCACCGAGCAGGACUGUCAUUAAGGCAUCAAACAUCGUUUUGCCCCAAGCUCCCUGCUGCUAUUAAACAGAAGACGGCGUUGGAGCACUGUUUCAAGAAGUGCUGUAUAACCAGUACUCUGACAACACUGGGGGCGACGUUAUAUGGAAAAAUGGACUGUGGUUUGAAAAGUGAUUCAGAAGAGUUGGAUUCAGAAUAUGCAGUUAUAAUUAUUAACCAAUUUGUUUCACACAUUUUCUUUACAUAUUUGCAAGAUUGAUAUGAUAAAAAUCUGUUAAAGUGCUGUUUCAAUAAAUAUAAAAAACGUUUUCUGUGAUAAGAAAA